AUGAAUCAAGUAACAAAUUAUCAAACUAAAAAAGAAUACCAAUAUCUUAAACAAAUUUUAUUAACUAAUCAAGAAUGGGAUAUUUUAAAAUCUUUAGUAAAAAUUUUAUUACCAUUUGCAGAAGUUACAACAUUUUUAGGAUCAAGCAAAUUUUCUAUGAUAGGUUUUAUUAAUCCAAUUAUUAAUACAUUAAAAUUAGGUGUUUUUUCAAAUAAGCAACAAGAUUUUGAUAUAUUAGAAGAAAUAGAUUUUAUAAUAACUGAAACACCUUUUGAUGACAAUAUUAAUUUUGAUGAUAUUAAUUUUGAUGAAUUAUUAGAAAAUAAAUUAGAUAAUAAUAGUUCAGAAAAUUAUAAUUUUAUAGUAGAAAAAGUCAAAAUAGCAUUAUACAAAGCAUUACAAUAUUAUUGGAAAUUUCUAACUCAUAAUGAAUUAUUAUAUAGUUUAUUGAAUCCUCAAUAUAGAAAAUUUGAAUUUAUCUCUAAAUCUGAACAAAAAUUAACUAAAGAUAUUUUAAUACAAUUAUAUAAUGAAGAACAAAAUAAUAUAAAUUAUGAUUCAAGUGAUUUUACAAAUAAUAAUUAUCAAUCUGUUUUAAAUAAUGAACUUUCAAGUAACUCUUUAUUAAAACAACUUAAAGCAAAAAAAAAAUAUACUAAAAAUAAAAUUUAA